AGCUAAAUGGUUCGCAGGCUCACGUACCUAGACUAGACCUAGACCAGACAUCCUCUAGCUUGACCGCGUUCAGCGGCCAAGUGAAUUUUCCAAAUUCUAGUCUGUCUGUAUAUAUGAAGAUAGCUGCAAUUACCUGGUGAAUUAAUGCGUUGCGUGGAGCGUCUUGAAGUCGUUUUAGAUCUUGUGUCUUCGCCACGAGGACUCAGGAGUGAGUGCGCCUGGCCAGGCCAAUGAUCUAGAUAGAAGAUUAAGGUCUGGCCAGCGCUCUUUACCUUCUUCGGUUCCGCCUUGUCGUCACGAAUUAGCAACAUGCAUCUCAAUAUUGAGAGGACAACAGUCAAUGCCUCAUCGAUCUGCGAUGUCAUUGGUACACUGCAGAACAUUUUGGCACAUUCACGAGUGAUCAUUCCAGAUCUAGAAACCCCGUACUCCCUAUUUCCCAAUAUCGACCACUCUGCCAUCGGGCGUGGUGACAAGAGCAUCAGCGCUAUCAUCACCGAACGCCAGCAGCAAUUGGAUGCAGUUGUGCAAGAAAUCUCAGGGCUGGAAAGCGUCAUGGAUAGAAUGAAGAAUCUUCACCAGCAGCUCCUCAAAAAGAAGGACGAAAUCAUCCAGUCCAUGAACUUGCAUAGGGGACUUUUAUCGGCUCUCUGGCGCUUGCCAUCUGAGAUAUUAUCCCUUAUUUUUGUUCAAUGUCUCCCGGAAACCGAACACUUGUUGCCCUCGCCAACGUUGGCCCCCGUGCUGCUGACAAGAAUAUGCCGAAGGUGGAGGGAGGUUGCUAUAGGGAUGUCCAGUUUAUGGUGCGGAGCACUGAUUGUGGACAACAGUCAUAAAGAUUGGCAGCGGGCAGCCUCCUGCUAUAACACAUGGUUCGAGCGAUCGCGAGAUCUUCCGCUCUCAUUAGCACUCAAGUGCUUCAAAAAUUACACGACCCACCUACGAAGCCUUCUUGAGCCUCACAUGAGCAAAAUCUCGUCUCUCCAUAUCAUAAUAUUCCUCAACCCAUUCGAUGCCGAUCUUUUGUUAAAUGACCUCCUGGUACUGCAGGAGCUUACUAUAACCACAUCCGAUCCAUUAUGGUGCACCCCAAGUUUCGCACAAUCCAUCUCGCGACUACCGUCCACCUUGCGCAGGCUCAGGGUAGCCGGGCCGUCCGCAUUCGACUUUGACCGCAUCACUUCUUGUAAUCCCGUAUGGGCCCACUUGACACAUGUCGAGAUCGCCAUUUGUCAACCCAAUCUAAUCCUCCAGUUGCUCCAGCUAGGUCCUAACCUCUCCUCGCUAGAGAUUGGCCUAGGCUUUUACGACGAAAUUCCAUUGACGUUUGAGCCAUUCAUGCACGCGAACCUUCAAUUCUUCCGCAUCAGUAAUGCAUCCCCGAUGCGCAUGGGAAAUUUGUUCCCUGACUUGUUCAACGCACUCACACUCCCCAAUCUACGCAUACUUGAGGCUCGCUAUAUACGACCGUGGCCACAUGAAGAGUUGAAGACAUUUUUGGCACGGUCAAGUUGCCUUCUGGAGAGCCUAAUUUUCGGUACUGGAGUUACGACGACAGAUGAGCAGCGGGCGGAAUAUAUUGUUCUCGUUCCUUUCCUUGACGUAGUAGUGGACCACAGGCGUAGUGGUUACUUUGGAUAUCGCCGCUUGAGAUAACGUUGUGACAUUGGCGCGAGACGCAUGACCUAGUGUUGUAGAGUUGUUAUGCAGGCCUAGCUACCAGUAGUUGUUAGAGUAAUGUCGGACAUGGAUAUUGUAUGUGGCAUUCGUGAUGUUGAG